CUCUGUCCACGCGUCCAAACCACGUCUUCAUCUCCCUCCUUGUUCGACUCUACUUCACUUCUCCCUCUAUCUCUGUAUCUGUAUCUGUAUCUGUAUCUCAGUCAAAUCAAUGUUAGUAUUCGCCUAAUCGACCCUCCAAUCAUUCACCAUUAUCCACAUCAUCAAACAAUGUCGGACGAUGCUGCUCCCAAACAGCCAACGGAGUGGUCAUCGACCCUCCUAAUCGCUGCCAUUUUCUCCCCUUCCCCUACUUCCUCCGCUCCUCUUCCGCAGAGGCUCAAAACCGCCCUCUCCGAUAAUAUCCCCCUUCUCCGCGAUGCCCUACUUCUGCAAUGGACCCGCCGCGGCACCCCUCUCCGCGCCUUGUUCGUUGUUUCCGUAGGGACAAUCGUUUUCCUCGCAUUGGCUGGACUAUUAGUCUUCAUGUGUUGCAGCAACAGUCAAUGCUGUAGUCAUUUCUCUUGUGAUGUCUUUAGCAGCAGCAGGAGGAUUUUUGGCUCUGCUUUGCCUGUGUUGCAGCCAUUUAUAUUGGGGCAUUAUCCGUAG